ACGGUUCCGUAUUUUACGGGACGGGUGGCAGCCCUAUUCUGGUUUGUGGUUAGAACCCAAAAACAGAACCAGAGCCGAGCACCGACAGGCGGGAAUAAAACCGGAAGGUCCGACAUCGACUCCGACUAAGCCCCACCCCCUGCUCGGUGCUCACCUGCAGCCGAAAGCUUCAGUAAAUCAGAAUUAACGCCAUUAAUCUGAACAUAUUGUGAAUUUUGUAACUUUCUAUGCAACAAUGGUUGAUUCCUCUGACGUCAUAAUGAUCCGGUUCAUUCAGUGCUGCGGUUCCAAGCCAGUGAACGGUUCUUUCCGAUCCUCUCUUCGUCCGUGAAUGCCUCGCAGACAACGCGCGGUCUGGCGUUCAUUAGACCUGAUUGAAGUCACCUGGAGGCGCGCGCGGCCGCUUUAGCGGAAGUCACUGAGGUCAGGAACUGUUCCGUGCACGUGGAGCGCGGUUCGGUUCGGCGGGAUGCAGAAAGGCCUGAAGAAGUACUUCGUGAACAUGGACGAGUACCUGUCCAGUCUGGGUCUGUACCGGAAGAUGGUCGCGCGGGAUGCGUCCAGCCUGUUCCGGGCCGUUUCCGAGCAGCUCUACUUCUCCCAGAACUACCAUCAGAAGAUCCGACUAGACUGCGCGAGCUUCAUGCGGGCCAACAGGUGCAACUUUGAGCCGUUUGUGGAGGGUUCCUUUGAGAAGUACCUGGAGCGUCUGGAGGAUCCGAAGGAGACGGUGGGUCAGGUGGAGAUCAAGGCUCUGUCUCAGCUCUACAGGCGGUGUUUCCUGAUCUACCGUUACCCCGGGAAACCGGCCACCAUCAUCUCAGAGAACGACUUUGAGGACAAGGUAACCUUGUGCUGCUCCAUCAAUGGUCACUAUGACAUCAUCUAUGGGCGGAGCUACCCAGCCUCGGCAGCGCUGUGCCAGUCUCUGCUCUACGAGCUGCUCUACACUCAGGUGUUCGGCGUGGAGGGAGGGGAGCUCUGGCAGGCCAUGGAGGCCUUCAGGGCUGGAGGUCGUCGCUAUAGAAAUAGCCUGUCUGUGUGCAGCGACGUUGACGUGGGCUACGACGCACCUGAGGACCGGGUGCACAGGGACGAGGCGGAGGCGGGCGGAGCAGCAGAGGAGACCAAGCCGUCUGCUGAGGCUCCGCCCACCUCCAGACUCUGUUUGCCCUACAAAGUCCUGAAGUCUCUGGACGGCGACGUCUACAGGAACCUGGAGUUUGACGUGUGGCAGGACACCUGCAAAGAGAUGCAGAAGACGGACUACAUGGUGUUCGCGGGUCGACAGUACUUCCUGGGAGACAAGUGCCAGGUUCGUCUGGAGCCCAAAGGGAAAUUCUACAAUGCCUUCAUCCAGGAAGUGGGAACCCACUCGACGGCCGUCACCGUGUUCAUUGAGGAGCUGGGAGAGAAACACCUGGUUCCGCUGACGGAUCUGAAACCAGUCAACCCAGUGCCUGCCUGGAACGUGGCGGCGCCAGCCAGGAAAGGAGAUCCAGCAGACCCAGAGUCUCGAGGUCAGCGUCAUCACCGCCAUCGUUACUUCAGGAAGUCCCGCGGUAGCAGCGGGGCAAAGGGGACGGAGCUACUGAUGCCACCGCCCAUUUCCUAUGGAGGCCCCGCCCCCUCAUCCCUCCCUCCCCGCUUCCAACCCACAGGUCAUCCUCGCCCACCCCUCCCUCCGUCACCAGGGGCCCUGACCUACGACCCUUAUGCCCCCCCACACCACCACACCCCUGCAGCAAGAGCCCCACGCUACGCCAUGUCAAGUCCUACUCGGUUCCUGAACCGUCAGCUGAUUGGUCCACAUCUGACCUAUUACCACCCAGGCAGAAGAUAUUACCAGGACUACGAGAAUUACGCCUUCCGGUCCCGCCGCAGUCGGCGCCACUUGCUGGCCGUCAGUAAGGAAUGUCAGUUUGGGUUUCCCGCUGAGGCGGUGGAGGAAGCAGCCGACCUCGACCCGCCCAUGACCUUCUACCAGCUGGAGGACGCCGGCGAUGCCGUCUUCCCCCCCCUGCAGGGCCCUGCUGUGGGUCCCCCCAUAGGGGGCCCCUCACCUCCCUCAGGCUCCUCCUACCGGGUGCAGCGGACCGCGGUGGGCCGCCCACCAACCUCCCCGCCCGGCGCCACGCCUGCCUGCUCCUCAGAGGAUGACCAGGCGGACGUCAGCACCGUGGAGGACCAGGCCGAGUACGCGGAGGAGUAUGUGUUCGGCGCCCAGGAUCAGAGCUACCAGAUGCCAGGCGUCUACACAGCCAAUGAGCCCGCUGCCAGUCAGGACGAACAGGAAAGGGGUCCGACCAACUCUCCAAGCAGAUCAGACAUAACCUACAGCUACACUCCACAGGUGGUGAAGCCGCUGCCGGUCAUCUGCUCCUCCCCCUCCUCCUCCUCUUCCUCGCCUCCCUCGCCGUCCCGGGUCCCGGCCGCCACUCACCUGCCGCCGGCCGCACACGCUCAGACUCGCCCAGUUUCCAUGACGAUAUCCGCUGCCACUCCCUGGUUGGUCAGCGAGUCGGGCGAGCCUCUGUGCACCGUGCUGGCUCCGCCCCCUUACUCCUACGACCCAAACGGCAGCGACUUGCCCAGAGACUGCAGGGUCGUCCAGUACUACUACAACCUGGGAGUGCAGUGGUUCCACCAGAGCUGCUGGCAGCAGCAGGCCUACCCUCCCCCCACCUCCCCCCACUACCUGGGCCAGGAGCCCCCCCCCCACGGUGAGUCGGGUCCAGAGUUGAUUGACGGAACAUUCUCUGUAGAACCGGGUCGUUUGGGCCGGAGCUCAACCCUCUGACACCGGAGUCUGUUUAAAACCAGUGAAACCAGUCUGAACUGGGAUGUGAUGACUCCUUCCUGUGCUUCUGCCCCCAGCGGCCCCCCCUCCCUUCCCUGAGGGUGGCUGUGGCCGGGCCCAGCAGCCACCCUCCUCCUACCCAGAAUCCUCCAGGGCAUCGGACAGCCAGACGGAGGCCCAGCCCAGCGGCCCUGCCCCCUCAGUGGAAGGACCCGCCUCCAUCAUGACCCCGGCGUCUCCAGGCUCCACCCCCUCAGGACUGCUGUACCCGGAUCAGACCGCCCUUCCUGCCGCCACUCUGCUGCACCUGCCAUUUGAAGCUCCGCCCCCUGCUGGCUACCUGCCAGCAGCGCCUCAGCCUCCUCUUCCUCACCCCCCCCACCUGCCCCACUCCUCCUACCAUCCUUGCGUUCCUCCUCCUGCCCACUGGGGGGCGCUGUCGACCUCAGGCCACGCCCCCCGUGUCUACUGCCCCGUCCCCAGUCCUCAUGUGGUCGGCUACAUCACCGCCCCCCACCUUCAUCACACCCCCACACACUACAUGUCCCCCUCCAUGUGAACGUUAGCUUGUGGCUAAUGGCUCCCUUUAUUUUCAAUGGGUGUCGCUAGCAGGUUCAGGUUCAGGAUUUGAGUUCCAACUAAAGUCACAUGACUGAGAUGCACUAGGAUGGUUUUCUCCAACAUGUCUGCCACAGUCACUUCCUGUUCAGAAGAUGGAGGAAUCGGAACCGGGUUGUUCUGAAUAGCGGCUAAUCACAGUGGGAGGCGGGGCUAAGGGGCGGGGCUAGUCCCUCACCUUUGCGAGGGAUUUCUUUGUGUUCAGUUCUGGUGCCGGUUUGUUUUGGGUGAAUAAAGUUCGUUCCACAGCA